UACGAACCGCGGGGUGUGUCCUGUCGAGAGGCCGUGAACGAGUGCGACAUCGCGGAGACCUGCACGGGCGACUCUAGCCAGUGUCCCCCUAACCUACACAAGCUGGACGGUUACUACUGUGAUCAUGAACAGGGCCGCUGCUAUGGAGGUCGCUGCAAAACCCGGGACCGGCAGUGCCAAGCCCUUUGGGGCCACGCUGCUGCUGAUCGCUUCUGCUAUGAGAAGCUGAAUGUGGAGGGGACAGAGCGUGGGAACUGUGGGCGCAAGGGGUCAGGCUGGGUCCAGUGCAAUAAACAGGACGUGCUCUGUGGCUUCCUCCUCUGCGUCAAUAUCUCUGGAGCUCCUCGGCUGGGGGACCUAGGAGGAGACAUCAGCAGUGUCACCUUCUACCACCAGGGCAAGGAGCUGGACUGCAGGGGUGGCCAUGUGCAGCUGGCCGAUGGCUCAGACCUGAGCUACGUGGAGGAUGGCACAGCCUGUGGGCCCAACAUGCUGUGCCUGGAUCAUCGCUGCCUUCCAGCCUCUGCCUUCAACUUCAGCACCUGCCCAAGCAAUGGGGAGCGCCGCAUCUGCUCCCACCACGGGGUCUGCAGCAACGAAGGGAAGUGCAUCUGUCAGCCAGACUGGACAGGCAAAGACUGCAGCAUCCACAACCCCCUGCCUACAUCUCCACCCACUGGGGAGACAGAGAAAUAUAAGGGUCCCAGCGGCACCAACAUCAUCAUUGGCUCCAUUGCUGGGGCUGUCCUGGUUGCAGCCAUCGUCCUGGGAGGCACAGGCUGGGGAUUUAAAAACAUCCGGCGAGGAAGGUAUGACCCGACCCAGCAGGGGGCAGUGUGAUGGCGGCCACGUCACCCCUCAGCUCGCUGUCGGUCUCCAUCUCAUUUGUCAUCUUGCAUUCCGUUGAUGAGAGCUAAGGGCUGAUUCCCCCACCCCACUGUCAAUGCUGUCACUACAGCUCCCAGAGGAAAGUCCUGAGCCUGCCCUUGCCACCUCUUGCCCAACCAUCCCCUCAGGCCUUGGUCCAUUUGCUCCUGCUCUUCCUGUAGCCAGACCACUCUUGGCCAGAUAGACCCUGGAGCUGUGCCCCCCUCUCCACAGCCCCCAUCCCCUGGAAGGGAACCUACCUCUGCAUCCCAUCUGUUUUGUCUUUCAUGUCACUGUGGCUGUCUCACCUCCCACCAGAUCCCUGGCCAGCCUUUGACUUGCUGUCUCCAGGGCCCGGCACUGACCUCCUAGGGCCCAUCUUGGGGAUGGGGGUGUCUCCCUCUGGGCCCUGCCUCAUAUGCUUCCCUGAUGCCCCCUCUCCCUUCCAGGUCCGGAGGGGCCUAAGUGCCACCCCCUCCCUCCGAGCCUGGCACCCACAUCUCAGCCCUGAACCAGGAGGCUGCCCCUGCCCAGCCAUGGAGGGAGGCACCACGCAAUGUCUUCCAGGCCCAAGCCUUUCAACUCCUGGCCCCAUGGGGGUUUGGGUGGGGGUCUGUGGCCCUGCCCUUCACACUACCAGGGAGGACCAGGCCAGGGGCAUUUCCCUCAUGGUCCCCAACCCCACCUCAUGGGGCUUUGGCCUUGCACACCAACUCUCCCUGUGUGAAUGUAGCUUCCAUCAUCACAGAUUGCCACAGCUCAUGUGGUGGGGGAGGGCUAAAGAGAUGCCCCAGUGGGCAUGGCCUAGGGUGGCCCUUCCUCAAACCAGGCAGCUGGGACAGGGUUUUAGCUCUCUAGGACUUAAGGAGAGGGGCUGAAUCUACUUUUUUUUUUUUAAACUGAAUUUUAACUGAUGAAUGUAACUCUGGGGGUGCUGGAGCCAGGACAGUUGUGGGGAUGUUUUGACAUUUGUGGGAGGGACUGGAGGAACUGAGGCAUGGCCAUCCCCCGGGAUGACCACACCUGGAAUCUUCUCACUGAACAUGGAUGUCCCCAAGCCAGGCAGGGGCUGGGCAUCCUUGCUUGCCCCCUUCUCUCGGCCCUGCUGAGCUUGGAGAGAAGUCUGAGUGCUCAUUCAAACCAAAGCUGCCUGCUCCGUGCCCAAGCCUACAUUAUGGGUACAGUGACCACAUGUCCCAGAUUGUCUUCAAUUCUAAAAUGACCAUCUUGCUGUCCUUGCUAGGAUGCAUGUAUUUAGGGUCUAGAAAAUACAGUCCCUGAAAUAAAAUGGCACCUUCCCCCUUUCAAGAAGGGUGAUUCUGGGGCUGACUCAGGGAUUAGGUGCCCCUGGUGUGGCCUAGAGGUCCCAGGUUGGGCCAUCUUUUCCUGGGAGGACUCUCCCAAAUAGGGAAGGCCAGAGGUAGCCCAGUGCCUGGAGGGUUAGGGGCUCUGCGUGUGAUGUGCAUGAGGAGGUAGGAAAAGGCAGGUCUCGUGUAUGAUCCUCAGCUUCUAGAAAAUUCCUCAAGGCCCUGUCAAACCCAUUCCACUCCUUACCCCCAUUCCAGGGCCAAGUAGUAAGUUUACAGUUGUUUUCCCCCUUAUGUCCUCUGAUCCCGACUGCAGUGGGGCCUGAGAGACAGGUGGAGGCCAGGCAGAAUUCCUCAGUCCUCCCACAAAGAAAGUCCUGCCCAUGGCCUUCCCUCAUGACCCCCUCUUGGGAAAGAGGAGCUCUGGCUCCUUGACUGUUGAAGACUAGAUGGCAGGGGCAAGAUGGGGGUCAAGCUACCUAUGGAUGAAAGCCACAAAUGAAUGGAGCCCCUCUCCCCAGGGAUACCCACCCAGACUCAGCAGGGAUUUCUGAACACCCCAGGGCCUUUGAGCUGCCUAUUUCAGUCCUUCUGCUUCUGGGACAUCUUUGAAGAGGAAUCAUGGAGGAGAUGGCUCCCUAUUUAUCUGCACCACCCCUCAGGGCAAACUGGGGACUGAAACCCAUUGACACCUUUUUGGGUAGCUGGAUGUGGCUACAGUGGGGUCCUUAAUACUGAGCUUCAGCUGGCACUGCCCAAGCAAGGGGGAUGUGUGGAGUACCCCUCUGGCCAGUCCUGCUCCAUCAGCACCCCCAAGCUGGGGCAUGGGCAUAAGGGCAAGGGUUGGGUUUUGCACUACUGCUGCGAUACCUUAAAGCGCCCUCUGGUGGUGCACACGUGCGCACAGGUGGCCGAUGCAGCUGGCACAAGCAUUUGGAUCCACAUCUCCGCACAAGAGUGAAUACCUCUGCACACAUGGACAUGUCUGUGUGUGCAUAUGUGGGGGUGGGGGUGUGGAGAACUUAAGAUUUCCUGUGACCAGUCCACGUGGCUCCCAGCUGUCUGUAUCCUCCUUUCGACCCUGGCAGCGCCCAGGAACGAUUGGAGGCUGCAUUGACCUGGGCCUGGAACUGGCUCCAUAAAGCUUCCUGUAUAUAUGUCAUCUGGGGCUCAGGGUGGGGAGGCUGGGACAGAAACAUCAAUUAAAGAUCAUGUCUGGAGGCUCAUA